AUGAUUGGCAGAGAAUAUCAAAAAUACUACACUCCCACAUUCUUCGACUUCAUUGCAUUGAUAUGCUCCUGGGUGUUUCUGGUGGCUACCUUCCCAAUUUCCAUAUUUUUCUGUGUUAAGAUUGUCAAAGAAUAUGAUAGAAUGGUAAUAUUCCGUCUGGGCAGAUUAUGGCACGACAAUCCUAAAGGUCCAGGCAUCGUUCUGGUGCUACCAUUCAUUGAUACACACAAAACUGUUGACUUGAGAGUAAUGUCUUAUGACGUUCCAACUCAAGAGAUGUUGACAAGAGAUAGUGUGACGAUUGGUGUUGAUGCAGCCGUUUAUUACAGAACAAGUGAUCCCAUAGCAAGUUUAACUCGGGUCAAUGACGCUCACUUGUCAACUCGUCAGUUGGCACAGUCGUCGUUAAGAAAUGUAUUAGGGACUAGAUCUUUAGCUGAACUUAUGACUGAUCGGCAUGGGAUAGCAGUUCAAGUGAAGCAUAUUUUGGAUAGUGCAACAUUAUUCUGGGGAAUUCAUGUAGAACGAGUAGAAAUCAAGGAUAUAAGACUUCCAAGAGAAAUGUGUCGGGCGAUGGCAGCGGAGGCAGAAGCACAACGUGAAAGUGACGCGAAGGUUGUAACGGCUCAAGGAGAACUUGAUGCAUCAAUGUCCUUCCAAAAGGCGGCCGACGAGCUUGCUGGUUCACCAACUGCAUUGCAGUUGCGAUAUCUCCAAACGCUGGUUAAGAUUUCCGCACAUGACAAUCAUACAAUAAUCUUUCCGGUGCCCAUGGAAUAUAUAAAAAGGAAGUUUCGAAAAUGA